AUGGCAUUAAGGUCCUCAAAAUCUCAUGCUGCUACCGGCACAGGUCAACGCAAGCCGUCCGCAAGGCCAUUCAGUUCAAAAAGAGAGCUCCACGCAGGUCACACGGUCUCGGAAUUUGACCAUGAGCAUUCAAGGGAUGCCGAGAGGGCAGAUAGUGGAAGUUCCUCUACCUCCAAAAAGCCGUCAGUCUACAACCCUCUUGUGGACGAGCUGGAUGUCUCCGCACGCGCGGAAACGCUUCGCGCACUCCCCAGGGAGUUCACUGCUCCUCCUCUGAUGGAGGGUCUCCUGACUUCUGUCACCGAUUUUCUGGGCCCUGAGGCUCGCCCGACUGAUAUUCAGUCAUUGUCACUCAAGCAUCUCUUCCCGCGGCCACUACCUGGAUACCCAUCAAACGUGAAUGCAUGGGGAGCUCCCACCAAGAACAAAAGUGAGUAUCUGCAAUGCCUGCUGGCAUCUGAAACAGGCUCGGGAAAAUCGAUUGCGUAUCUCUUGCCCAUGCUGCAGGACCUGAAGCUUACGGAGCUGCGGACGGACACGCCUCGACCUCAGAAUUCCGGCUGUCCCCUUAAUCCGCGCGCACUCGUUCUCGCCCCAACGCAUGAGCUCUCAAGGCAGCUGUCCAGUUUUGCGAAGGCGCUCUUGCAUCACAUCAAGCUGCGGGUGCUAUGUGCGUCCAAGUCGAAUACGCCGAGCACGCCCUCGCGGAACGUUUCUUCUGCCAAAAUGGCAAAGGAGAUGGACGAGUUGAUCAAAGGCUCUUCGGCUGGGAAGGUGGAAGAAAAGCACGCCGCAGAGGAUCAUGCUGUAGAUAUAGUGGUCGGGACGCCAUCGAAGAUUCUGGAGAUGGUGAAAGGGAGGGGAUGGGACCAUCAGGUGACGCUUGAGCAGGAGCCCAACGUGUGGGAAGGGGAGGGAAAGCGGCGACUUUCGACAGUGGGCAAGCCGGAAAUGAGCUUGGAAAGCAUCGAAUGGGUGGUCAUCGACGAAGCUGACGUUCUGUUCGGUCAGUAUCCCGACUUUCAGGCAGACACCAAGUCAAUUCUCUCCUCCAUCAGCGAGGCGCGCAAGCAACCGCUUGACUUCCCUUCGGUACCUGCAACACCAUCCUCCCCCGCACCACUCAACUACCCGUUCAACCUUCUAUUGAGCACCGCUACCAUCCCCUCCGCUCUCGCCUGGCACCUAGAUUCGUACCAUCCCAGCCUCAUACGCCUUGCCUCACCAAAUCUCCACCGCCUCCCGUCGACGCUCAGGACCGAGUACGUCGGCUGGACCGGUGGAAACCGCAAUGUCGACAUCGAAAAGCGGCUGCGCAAUGUAUGGGCGCAGGAUGUGCCUAAGCGACGCAACCGCAAGGUGCAAUUCUCGAAAGUGCUCGUCUUCUGCAACAAAAGCACGCGCGUCGAGGAGCUCGGACAAUACCUUACGGAGAAAGGCAUCCCGAAUGUCGCGCUGACAAGCACGAGCGAGACGCGGAAGUGGGGCUCGAAUCACCACCUGGAUGGGUUCCUUAGGAAACACGGCCAUACAGCUAAAGAUGAGAAGCUCGCCAGCGAGCCGAGUCUGGAGCAAUCCUCUUCAUCCGAUGCCCCUGCGUAUACUCAGCAGCCUCAUGUAAUGAUCACCACGUCGCUGCUGUCCCGAGGACUGGACUUUGCGCCGGAGAUCAAGCAUGUCUUCAUCGUGGACGAGCCGCGGAACAUGGUGGACUUCCUGCAUCGCGCUGGACGCUCGGGACGUGCAGGCGAACUCGGGAAGGUGGUCGUCUUUGGUAAGACAGAGGGGAGGGGCUCGAACAGAACGAAGAUUAUGCGCAAAAGGGUUGGCGCGCUCCUUGCGUAG